AUGUUGGUGUCGGUCUAUUAUGUGGUGUAUAUGUCGGUGGUGUCGGUCUAUUAUGUGGUGUAUAUGUCGGUGGUGUCGGUCUAUUAUGUGGUGUAUAUGUCGGUGGUGUCGGUCUAUUAUGUGGUGUAUAUGUCGGUGGUGUCGGUCUAUUAUGUGGUGUAUAUGUCGGUGGUGUCGGUCUAUUAUGUGGUGUAUAUGUCGGUGGUGUCGGUCUAUUAUGUGGUGUAUAUGUCGGUGGUGUCGGUCUAUUAUGUGGUGUAUAUGUCGGUGGUGUCGGACUAUUAUGUGGUGUAUAUGUCGAUGGUGUCGCUCUAUUAUGUAGUGUAUAUGUCGGUGGUGUCGCUCUAUUAUGUAGAGUAUAUGUCGGUGGUGUCGGUCUAUUAUGUAGUGUAUAUGUCGGUGGUGUCGGUCUAUUAUGUAGAGUAUAUGUCGGUGGUGUCGGUCUAUUAUGUAGUGUAUAUGUCGGUGGUGUCGGUCUAUUAUGUAGAGUAUAUGUCGGUGGUGUCGCUCUAUUAUGUAGAGUAUAUGUCGGUGGUGUCGGUCUAUUAUGUAGUGUAUAUGUCGGUGGUGUCGGUCUAUUAUGUAGUGUAUAUGUCGGUGGUGUCGCUCUAUUAUGUAGUGUAUAUGUCGGUGGUGUCGCUCUAUUAUGUAGUGUAUAUGUCGGUGGUGUCGGUCUAUUAUGAAGAGUAUAUGUCGGUGGUGUCGCUCUAUUAUGUAGUGUAUAUGUCGGUGGUGUCGCUCUAUUAUGUAGUGUAUAUGUCGGUGGUGUCGCUCUAUUAUGUAGUGUAUAUGUCGGUGGUGUCGCUCUAUUAUGUAGAGUAUAUGUCGGUGGUGUCGGUCUAUUAUGUAGUGUAUAUGUCGGUGGUGUCGCUCUAUUAUGUAGAGUAUAUGUCGGUGGUGUCGCUCUAUUAUGUAGUGUAUAUGUCGGUGGUGUCGGUCUAUUAUGUAGUGUAUAUGUCGGUGGUGUCGGUCUAUUAUGUAGUGUAUAUGUCGGUGGUGUCGGUCUAUUAUGUAGAGUAUAUGUCGGUGGUGUCGGUCUAUUGUGUAGUGUAUAUGUCGGUGGUGUCGGUCUAUUAUGUAGUGUAUAUGUCGGUGGUGUCGGUCUAUUAUGUAGUGUAUAUGUCGGUGGUGUCGGUCUAUUAUGUAGUGUAUAUGUCGGUGGUGUCGGUCUAUUAUGUAGUGUAUAUGUCGGUGGUGUCGGUCUAUUGUGUAGUGUAUAUGUCGGUGGUGUCGGUCUAUUAUGUAGUGUAUAUGUCGGUGGUGUCGGUCUACUGUGUAGUGUAUAUGUCGGUGGUGUCGGUCUAUUAUGUAGUGUAUAUGUCGGUGGUGUCGGUCUAUUGUGUAGUGUAUAUGUCGGUGGUGUCGGUCUAUUGUGUAGUGUAUAUGUCGGUGGUGUCGGUCUAUUAUGUAGUGUAUAUGUCGGUGGUGUCGGUCUAUUGUGUAGUGUAUAUGUCGGUGGUGUCGGUCUAUUAUGUAGUGUAUAUGUCGGUGGCGUCGGUCUACUGUGUAGUGUAUAUGUCGGUGGUGUCGCUCUAUUAUGUAGUGUAUAUGUCGGUGGUGUCGGUCUAUUAUGUAGUGUAUAUGUCGGUGGUGUCGGACUAUUACGUAGUGUAUAUGUCGGUGGACUGCAUAACCUAG